AUGAUGAAAUUGCCAACAUGGAGAACCAUGGCAAUGACUGUGGUGUUGCUUCAGCUGAGUACCUUGAAGAUCUUCUGUCUCUCUUCUCAUGCAGAUAGAAUUGUUGGGCUUCCUGGGCAACCUCAAGUAGGCUUCCAACAGUUCUCAGGUUAUGUUACAGUGGAUGACAUGCAUCACAAGUCUCUCUUUUACUAUUUUGUUGAAUCAGAAACUGAUCCAGCCUCAAAGCCUCUUGUACUUUGGCUCAAUGGAGGACCUGGUUGUUCUUCUCUGGGAGUGGGUGCAUUCUCUGAAAAUGGACCUUUUAGACCUAAUGGGGAAGUUUUGAUUAAAAAUGAGUACAGUUGGAACAAAGAGACAAACAUGUUGUAUUUGGAGACACCAGUUGGAGUGGGGUUCUCUUAUGCUAAAGGUGGCUCUUCCUACAAGACUGUGAAUGAUAAGACUACAGCCAGGGACAAUCUUGUAUUCUUGCAACGCUGGUUCAACAAGUUCCCCCAAUACAGACACAAGGAUUUGUUUCUAACUGGUGAAAGUUAUGCAGGACAUUAUAUUCCACAACUUGCCAAGCUCAUGAUUGAAAUAAACAAAAAGGAGAAGAUAUUCAAUCUGAAAGGCAUAGCAUUGGGUAAUCCAGUACUAGAAUAUGCCACUGACUUCAAUUCAAGGGCUGAGUUCUUCUGGUCUCACGGGUUGAUAUCAGAUUCAACGUACAAAAUGUUCACUACCGGUUGUAAUUAUUCCCGGUAUGUCAGUGAAUACUAUCGAGACUCAAUUUCACCUCUUUGUUCGAAGGUUAUGAGCCAAGUAAGCAGAGAAACAAGUAAGUUUGUGGACAUAUAUGAUGUCACCCUUGAUGUUUGCAUUUCCUCAGUGCUUUCACAGUCUAAAGUUAUUUGUCCUCAAACCCAACAAGCAAAUGAGAGUACUAUAGAUGUUUGUGUAGAUGACAAAGUUACAAAUUACUUAAAUCGACAUGAUGUACAAGAAUCUCUCCAUGCCAGGCUUGUUGGAGUUCGAAAGUGGGAUGUUUGUAGCAACAUUCUGGACUAUGAUAUGCUAAAUCUGGAAGUACCUACGCUACCUGUAGUUGGAUCACUUAUAAGAGCUGGAAUUCGGGUCCUAAUUUACAGUGGAGAUCAAGAUUCAGUAAUUCCACUGACUGGAAGCCGCACCUUGGUUCAAAAGCUGGCAAGACAACUAGGACUGAAUACAACUGUUCCUUAUAGAGUAUGGUUCGAAGGCCAGCAGGUUGGUGGGUGGACUCAAGUUUAUGGUAAUAUCCUCUCAUUUGCUACAGUCAGAGGUGCAUCCCAUGAAGCCCCUUUCUCACAGCCUGAAAGAUCACUUGUUUUAUUCAAGUCAUUCUUGGAAGAUAGACCCCUACCUGAAUUUUUCUGA